AGAGAAAGACGACGAAGAAGAAGAAACGAUACGCAUUCUUGUUUUUGUCAGUUGUCGCACGCAGGACAACUGCAGUGAAAAUGCGCAUCGAAAAGUGCUAUUUCUGUUCGGGACCAGUGUAUCCCGGACAUGGGGUGAUGUUUGUACGGAAUGACUGUAAGACAUUCAGAUUCUGCAGAUCAAAAUGCCACAAGAACUUCAAGAAGAAGCGUAACCCAAGAAAAACAAGAUGGACGAAAGCAUUCAGAAAGGCAUCAGGAAAGGAGUUGACAGUGGAUAACUCUUUGGAGUUUGAGAAACGCAGAAACAUUCCUGUUAAAUAUAACAGGGAGCUGUGGGACAAGACAGUGGAAGCAAUGCAGAGAGUGGAGGAAAUAAAACAGAAGCGACAAGCAAGAUUUAUAAUGAACAGGUUAAAGAAGGGCAAACAGUUGGAGAAGGAGGAGGCCAUCAGCGAAGUGAAGAAAAAUAUUCACCUUAUCAAAGCGCCACAUGCAGGAAAAGCCAAACAAAUGGAAGACAAAAUGGUGCAAAAGUUACAAGAGGAUGUCGACAUGGGGGAUGAGAAUAAUUAAUUGCGUGCUCAAGUGGUUCUUUUGUGUCAUGAAACUGAAAAGCAAGUUAUAUUGUUCUUUUGUUUUGGAAUUAAAAUUCCAAUGAUGGACUCAGAAAUGCAUUUAGUGUUAAAUUGUUGUAAAGGACAAAGCAUUGAACUGAAAAAGAUCUGCCACCAAAGCAGCAGCAAGUUAUAUAGUUGGGCCUACUAAUAAUUUUGCUCUCCUGUUGCAUAGUACAAUAUUUUAUAGUAAUGCAGAAAAUGUUAAACGGUAACUGGCAAAAAUAAAAAAAGAUGUUUUUUUCCU